AUGGCGUCGGCAAAUGAAUUUAUUGUAGCUCUGUCAAUGGUUUGCUUCUGUAAAACUGUUCAUGCUACGCCAAAUGCAACAAUCUUCGAGUCAUCGAGCCUACCAUAUGAUCCUCGAUUGAACCCGAGUGUUGGUAAUGGAUAUUUGGCCACUGCAGUUUACAGCGACACGGUUUAUGUCUCUGGGAUCUUCAACGGGCGUGGGACAGAAACUCCGAGUCACAGGGCGAGAAUUCCUUCCACGUCGGCGAUCGUCGUACGAACCAAUCUCUCCUCUAAUGCCACUGAAGAGCUCUUCAGCCUUAAUGUGGCACAAGGGGUGUUCUAUCACAGGCUUCACGUGGAUAACUUUACCCUAGAACAGCGAAUGUAUGCUCAUCGGGUUCACCAGCAUUUGCUUGUCACGGAGAUAGCCUUUCAAAACAACAUGCACGACACAGUAAGUUUGUUUAUGACCAAUGUUUACGGACCGCCGAGCGUUGAUAUUGAUUUCAAAAGAGAUGAUUUUCCACGUAAAUCUCUGGAUGACCUUAAGAUCAAUUCCAUGUCUGGGUACAUUAAGAUAACAGAGGAGCCGACCAGUCCGAAGGAGGGGGUCGCUGUUGUCUGGGGGGAUAUACCCCCUCGUUUAGACAUUCGUCCUUCCUCGGAGAUCCAAACCUUUUACUUUAUCACGGCAAUAGCGACUAGUUUAGACGCUAAGGAUUUCUUGACGAGCGCGCAUCAAGCUUAUAAAGAUGCUAUGGAACAACCGGAAAAGCUCCUUGAGAGUCACAUUGAGGCUUGGAAAGAACUUUGGGACGCGGGCCGAAUUGAUUUGGAGGGCAAUCUUACAUUGGCUCAGACAGUUUCCGGGAGUCUUUAUUACACACUCAGGUAACUUGACACUACAUCCUGUUUUUUUGUUUACCAUUGUUUUCGAGGCUAAAAGGCUUAAAUGUAAUCCUUACUAAUUUAAUUAAAGCGAUUUGUUUUCAAUAGUGCUCGUUUAAGUGUUAGACUGCAUUUAGAAAUUUCACUUAACUGUUUUCCACCACGGUUUUAGCUCUUGAUAAAAGUUUUUGGCUUUUUACGAAUUUGUUCAAUUUGAGUUCAUUCAAUGGAAGAUCAAAUCAAAACCCAAUGGACAUAAACCUUUCACUCUACGACUCCCAGAGGUGAAUGACGUAUAACUUCUCGAUCCUAACAAUAUUAAUACGAUAUAUAGCAAAAACGUGAUUCAAGCCGACAAGCCUUUCAGGCCGUCAUCUUGAUGAAACACAAACUUCUCCUAAAUCUUUUACAAGGAAAUGUGUAGCUGCUAGCAGAGAGAAUUACCAAUGCAAUCUCGAGAAUUGAGGAUUUCCAAUUAACGUUAGCGAUAAUUAAGUACGUAAGCCACUCCAGUUAUUGAACCCGUACAUGUAGGCUUUCCUCACGAAAACACGUUUUCUCGUGUUUAGUUCCUCCGAUUGUUAAUCCCCUUACCCCUAAGGGUGACAAACAUCGAAUUGCUCCUCACAUCGUCACCCAGCAUCAAGGUUACGAGUAAAUGAUUACCAAGAACCUUAGGAAUGUGAAGAGAACAGUAUGGAGAAUUUACAUACUGAUGUUAAAGUGUGGAGGGUAAGAAGCUCCUCCGUGCUUAAUUAUUGAGGCCAUAAAAGGAAGCAAGGGGGGGGGGGGGAGGGAAGGGCGAGGGUGCCUGGAGGGAAAAAUGACAUCUGCGACAACGAUUGCAGCAAGGGAGCUAUUUCCAAAACAAAAUAAAUGAAAUUACAAGACAGACUACACUUACGGUUGCGUGUGAUAUUAGACGUGUCUGCGUUCCAGUUUUUCUAAGUCUACCGACAUCGAUCUAAUUAGUUUGGUUUUUUUUUCAGAAACCUUAAGAACAUUAUACUAAUCCCUUAAGCCAAUAAUUGAACUUACUGGAAAGGGGAGGGUCAUUUUCUCGUUAAGCGAAACUAAAAUUUCCGUUUGAUUAAUGGAUAAAAUAAAGAGCCUUGAUAAAGAGUUACGUAAUAUUUGGUCCAAAACUUGAAUAACGUUACAACGUUAUUUCUUGAGAGGAGUGAGUUUUAAAAUUCUGAUCAGCAAUCAAUUUUUGUUUUCGUCUUCCAGCUCCCUUCGCUCCUCGAGGAUUUUCGGUCUGAGUCCCGGAGGCCUGGCGACUGAUGGAUAUAAUGGUCACGUGUUCUGGGAUCAGGAGACGUGGAUGUUUCCCCCGCUUCUCCUUCUACACCAAGAUUUGGCGCGAACGUGUCUCGCUUACAGGUUUGAGCGGCUCCAAGCAGCUGAAGAAAAGGCUAAGAAAUAUGGAUUCCGAGGUAGUUAUCGAGAAAUGAUUUCGUGUAAGGUACACCAAUUACGAAGAAAGCAGUUGAAGAUUUUGCAGAUCCCAGAUGCAUGGGGAGCGAAUAUAGCAUAAAGGUCUACGUUUUAUGAUGCAGACGUGAAUCGGCUCCAUAAAUUAUUGAAAUAAAACUUUUAUUUAAGCGCAGAUCUCGUGGCAUUUGUCACGCAAUCAAACGUGGAAUCUUUGGGACAGCAGCUCAAUUUAUCCAUUUUUGUUAUCAAAAAAGGAGUUGAUGAUUUGAGCCUUGACGAGCUUCUUGUUUCAGUAUAACUCGUGGGCACGUGUACCUAUUAGCGUUUAAUUCUGAUUUUUUUAAAAUUUUUCCGUAAAGGAGCAAUGUUUCCAUGGGAAAGUGCUGUGACUGGUUCAGAAGUGUGCCCCGGGGAGAUUUACUCCGAUUACGAGCAGCAUAUCACAGGCGAUAUUGCAUUCGCAGUCAGGCAGCUGUGGAUGGCAUCAGGAGACCAACAAUGGCUCCGGAGCCAGGCCUUUCCCCUUAUUCGAGCCACUGCGGAAUUCUGGGCGAGUCGCGCGAUCUACAACGACUCCAAAAGAGGUUACGUCAUUUACAACGUUAUGCCACCGGACGAAGAUGCUGAAGUCGUGAAUAACUCGGCCUACACUAACAUGAUAGCGAAACUAAAUCUAGAAUUCGCCCACGAGGUCCUUCCGAAUGCCUCCGAAAAUUGGAAAACCAUAGCACAGAACAUGUACAUACCGUUUGAUUCCACAAACGACUAUCACCCCGAGUACGAUGGGUACCAAGGGAUCGAGGUUAAACAAGCCGACGUUAUCCUACUCGGAUAUCCACUAAUGGUAAACAUGAGCUCGCAGUUACGACGAAAUGAUCUGAGUUUCUACGAGCCCAGGACGAAUCCGCGGGGGCCCGCCAUGACUAAAUCUAUGUUCGCCAUUAACUGGUUAGAUAUCGGUGAAAAUUCUCGAGCAGAGAAGUCUUUCAAUGCUAGUUACGUAAACGCAAAGAUUCCCUUCAUGGUUUGGACCGAGAGUGCGGACGGUGGGGGUGCUGUGAACUUCAUCACAGGAGCCGGCGGAUUUCUUCAAUCCAUUCUGUCUGGUUAUGGCGGACUGCGUCUGCGCGAUGGAAGACAACUUCAAUUCAACCCCAAGCUUCCACCCGGGAGCACUGGAUUAAAGUUUGUGGGUAUCGAUUACCAUGGAAACAGCAUAGACUUCGUGAUUUCCGCAUCGCUUUCGCAGAUUGUUGUUACGUCACGCCAACAAUCAGCCCCAGUUCUCCAGGUGACAGUUCUCAGCUCAAAGGAGAAGUACCGUUUAGAGAUUGGGGAGAAAAUUGAAGUGCCUAAUGAACCACUUAUAAUAAGCCCUCUCCAAGCUAACAAAAUAACUGAAAUAAAACUUUUCGUGGAGACGGUAUUAACUUAA